UAAUCCAGAGCAUCCAAAUUUCACGAUUGCUGCGAUUGAAAGCAGUUGUCGUGAACCAUCUGGAUGGUGUUAUACGACAUUACAGACAAAAGCUAAUGCUCUUACAAGAGGAAUAAAUUCGACAUCUGUUCGAAUUAGGAUAGGGAAUAUGACAUUUUUGGAAAUUUGGCCACCAAAUCAUAAAUCGACAGUCAUUCAACAUUCACUAAGCACACACGGUAUUAUUCGCAUCCUUUCUAAUCAAGUUAUGAUCGAAUUUCAUCCGUACAUCAGCGCCAAUCCGCAGCAGAAACCCUUUUUAGCACGAUUAUGUGAAGAAAAUGAUGUGACAUAUUUUAAACCGGGUCUAAAUCAAAUUUAUCGAUUUUUUAAUCCUCGAAAUACGCUGGCUAUCAUUAUACAAGCUUUUGAUAGGGUAGCAUUUGAAUACAUAGGCAGUGAUCAAAAGCAAAUUAAACAGCAGUCUGAAGUGUCAACUGAUAUUGAAUAUGAGAAAUUUAAGAAAUUAAUCGAAAAAGAUUAUUUUGCAGCAGUGACGACUACAACUAGUUCCACUACCACCACCACGACCAUCACCGUUUCUCAACUAAUAACGGCUAGUACUGAGAGUUCAUCCGCCACAACAACAGCGCCGGCCCAAACGAUCAUUGGAAAACGUUACACCAGGUAUCCAGAUCCUCAGCGCGGAAUGGCACUUCAAGCCCGGUGGAAGAAGUAUAAAGCAAUUCCGUAUAAAACUGAGUACGCAGUUGAAUACGUUUGCGGUAAACUGGUCGAAACUACAUGCCGUACACCAGUUGGAAGACCGGCGGACGAAGAACUGGAAAGCUGUGACAAAUCUUGUUGCCAUGCUGGCCACCUUACCGGAUUUUGUGACAAGAGUGCUGUACUUGGUACUAGGAUAAUAAGUCAAGGGGGACCUGCCGGGACGGAAUAUAAACCUAUAAUUAAACUCGAUCCAGGCUGCCAAUGCACCGACGACCCGAUAGAUGCCACUUGUGGUCUUGAUGGUUCAUUUAUAGGAAUUCGAUGUCCGUUUGAUGAAAGUGCAUGUGCAAGAAAGUGUUGUCGUCAAGGAAGAUCAAGUGGAUAUUGUGGUGGAUUCCUGAAGUUAAAAUGCAUGUGCGAUUAG